UCGAUACCAGGAACAUGCAUUUAAGUUAAGACAUUUUCUGAAGAAGUCCAUGAGAUAGUUGUUUCGUCAUUGUGUGUACUGUGAUUUCAAGAAAGGCAUAGGAACUGUGAUAUCAUACAACAAAGCUUUGGCAGAAGAGAACUGCCUGGAGAAUUGUGCUUAAUUCACAAGUUUUGAUGCAGUGAUACUCGUUUUUGGUUAUCUGCAAAAGGAAUAAGUGAAGUCGAAGCAUAUAUUUUUGGUGAUAGCAAUAUAUUUCACUUCCUUAUAAAACAGUGCAUGAGAAAAACUAUGGAUAGAAGCAAUCACGGAGUUUUGAUAUUUUUGUUGUUAUUUGUGGCAUCCACAUGUCGAGGUCAGCUUAGUCAGUUUAAAUGUCCUGAGAACCAGUGCAUCCUCCACGGUGACCCGCCCGACAGCAGGGCUGAGACGUCGGGUCAAGAGAGAGGCCGAAGGACCUUUGGUUGCUCUACUGGCAACACCCUGAACAUUCCCCGGCGGGACGGCAUCACCGAGGUCCAUGUCCUCGGCGCCUAUGAACCAGUGAGCGGAAUCAGAGGCUUCCAGCAGCAACCGUCUGCCGUUGGUAAAAUACGGGUGAAGAUCAGCAACAGGCCUGGGUAUGUUUCGGCGGGGAGAAUGGCCCUGAUCCUGCUGUCAUACGAGGCGGUUGAAUGGGAGAUCGAAUCGCUAGAUAUUGAUUUCAUCAAAGAGAUAGAAAUAUACUCAUACUACGCUACUCAUUCCCUUGUGACCUACAUCAACCAACCCUCCCAAUCCCCAACCCUCUUGAAACACAGCCGUUAUCGAGGUUACGGAAAUAACAUUUUCAAGGUCACGCCGCUGCUACGGGAUGUUAAAAACAAAUAUGGCGUCUUGACGUCACUGACUGGAACAUACAAAACCUCGGGUUGGGAUCUUCACGUAGGAUCUAAAUGCGAUGGUGGCAGUGAACCUAGCGUGCCAGUCGAUGACAACUCUGUGACUGGCUGUCUGACCGCGAGUAACUGCUGGAUCAAGUUCAACUUCAGUGCCCCCACGAUUUGGAAUGACUGCGCUGGCGGCGCCCAAUAUGUCAGGAGGAGUGGCUAUUCCAACGGGAUGUUCUUGGGGGUGCAGCUCUGCUCUGCAACAAGAUACAAAUUAUUCCUGUCAAACUCCUUCUCCACGGAGUUCAAACACAUCGCCGACGGAAGCGGCCACGGGCAAGAUCACUGCGAGUUCAUGGCAGCACGUGGCUUAUCGGAGCGGCGGGCCAGUGCUUCGGUCGCCGAUUUAUACGACUCUCCAACCACAGAAGGCUAUUAUCGCUAUCGUUGGGGCCAACAAAUCCAGUACGGGAAGAUAGGGCUAAAGCCCGAUUGGAGUGGGAAAUAUUACACCAAGUGGUACGAGUGCGGGAUGACUGUGCCUGGGUCAUACAGGGUUGUGGACUACGAUGGAUCACUCAACAUCGGCGUGGUGACCCAUCGGCCGACGCCCCCACCUACCCGGCCGCCACCUGGGAUCGCUACGACAACAACAACAACCACAACUAUAAAACCGCCAGUCUUGACUCUUGUCUUCCUAAAAAGACCUCAGAACAAAACAGCAGAAGUCGGCGAUACCUUAACAUUGGAAUGUAACACUAUUCAGCAGGGCGUCACACAAUGGUUUCACAAUGGACGCCUACUUACAGCAGCAACGCCAAACAUCCACGUUCUCCCUGGGGGUGUUCUGGUCAUUCCCAGAAUAGACAUCACCUUAUUUGGAAGGUAUAUAUGUGUCGUAACUUCCGGUACAAGAAGCGUCACGGCGACUGCAUGGAUUAAAGCAGAGAGGCCUCCGAACAUCUGCUCCUCUGAAUUUCAACAGCGCCCUAGCGACAUCACAAAACACGUUGGCGAUCCCGCCUUGCUCUCGUGUGCAUCUGUUGAUGGCGUGUUUUGGAAGAAGAAUGAAGUACCGUUACAGGUUUCUAACCGCGAAGACUUCCAGAAGGGACGAAUCCGUUUGCUCUCCAACGGCUACCUCCUGAUAGACAACGUACGAGCGUCGGAUGAUGGCGUCUAUACAUGUGUGGCGACAUCUAGCGCUGGCUGCACGUCAGAGGCCCAGGCUACACUGACAGUUCAGACGGAGACGGAUCUUAACAGCAUCUGUGGCCGGCCAGUUUUAAGUCAGCCCCUGGUGAAAACGCCUCAGGUCGUGCGCGGUCGUAUCGUUGGAGGAGAUGAUGCCCCCUUCGGCUCAGCCCCGUGGUAUGUCCAACUAUACAGUGAGGAACUUCGAGGUUUUUGCGGUGGGAUAUUACUGAACAGUAAAUGGGUCAUCACCGCGGCCCAUUGCAUCGCCACCUUCAAGGAGCGCCAUCCCCGGAAGGAGAGUUUAAACCAUAGAAACUUCUACUUGAAGCUUGGCGUGUAUGACGCCAUGGUACGACAGUCGUCUGAGGAACACUACAUGGCUGCAGAGAACGGCAUUAUAUCGCAUGAAAACUUUGACAAGGCUGUUUACGAUAACGACAUAGCCUUGAUUCAGUUGGCUACUGAAGUCAGGUUCACGGAUUACAUACUGCCAGCCUGCUUGGAAAGGAUCGAUUUCUACCAGGCCAGUUUCUUUGCACAGGGUGGAGUUGGGGUGACGGUUGGGUUAGGACGACUUGCGGAGAGGGUGAAUGCACAACCGAGAUAUUUGAAGGAAAUUACUCUUCCGCUGGUCGAUCCAGAGCUCUGCAGAAACUCGACCAGCUACCCAACGACCAGCAACAUGUUCUGUGCGGGAUACGACCGAGAGGUGAUGGGAGACACUUGCGCCGGCGACAGUGGCGGUCCCUUCGUCAUGAAACACGCCGACAAGUGGUACCUUGUCGGCAUCGUCAGCUGGGGCGAGGGAUGCGCACGCACGGGGAAGUUCGGCUUCUACACGCAUGUCGGGAAAUACUUCGACUGGAUACAGGGCCAUGUCGCAGCUAAUUAGAUCUGGGACAGAUUUCGGAUGAAAGGUGCACGUGGAGUUAUUCCAGAUGGACAGGAUUAUAGGACAGAUGCGAGUGGUCAUAUCAACCCAGACAUUUAAAAGGACUUGAUGAAUUUGAACACAGCGUUCAAGUUCGAGCAAGGUUUCGUUAUAAGCGAGUGCAAUACUCUAUUGUGAUCAAUCUAACAGCGUUUAUGAAUAUCAAAGAAACAGGACAGGACAAACGAAGCCAUGUUUUUUUAUGAAAAACCAACAUAUCUCAUGGCCAAGUUGUCCCUAAUAAUGUUUGGCGACGCCAGGUUUUCCGAUGGCUGUGACGUCAUGUUCUGGAUUGACCUUCGUAUUGAUUUCGUUGUAAUUAAUGAAGCGGUCUUAGGCCGCGAUUACAUAGAGUUUACGUUUUCACUUGUAACUUGUCACAGCUCACUUUUGAUGCGUGACAUGAAGAACAAACAAGUCAUUUCCAAACAGUGGGCUACAUACGAUUCACGAGGUCACGUCAUGUUUUCAAGCCGAAGUAAACUAACUUGUGACAAGUGAAACAUGACAGGUGACAUCGCGAGUCUUAUAUAGCUUUGGCCUGAAAUCUGUGAAACUAAAAUAUUAUAUGAAUGAGAGAAAGUUAGUGCAUCACAGUAAGUUAGCACAAUAUAUGCAUUUCUUCAUUUCUAA